AGGCGAGGACGGGUUCCAGCCUGGCAAUAUCCUAUUGGUGCAGGUGAAACACUUCAUGACGUAUGCGUCCAUCUCAGCGCGCCCCUCGCCGCGCCUCAACCUCAUCGUGGGGCCCAACGGCUCCGGCAAGAGCUCGCUCGUCUGCGCUAUCGGGCUGGGGCUGGGCGGAGAACCCAAGAUGCUGGGACGGGCGGCGCACGUGGGGGAGUUUGUGCAGCGGGGGGAGCGCAGUGCGGAGAUCAGCAUCGUGCUGCGGGGGGACGUGGCGGGGGAAGAGGUGCACGUCACCCGCAAGAUCUCCAUCGAGAAUCGCACUGACUGGCUGCUCAACGGGCAUGGAGUGCGGCGGGAUCAGGUGCAGGAGUGCAUGAAGCGCUUCAACAUCCAGAUCUCUAACCUCACACAGUUCCUCCCACAGGACCGGGUGUGUGCGUUCGCGGGCAUGUCGCCCAUACAGCUGCUGGAGGAGACGCAAAGGGCAGUGGGCGACCCACAGCUCUCCCAGCAGCACGCCUUCCUCAAAGACCAGCAGGACGCCCUCGCCACCCUGCACGCGACGUUGGUGUCACACGAGGAGCAGCUGGGCAAGCUGCAGGUGGCGAACGCGCAGGUGGAGGUGGAUGUGGAGAAGGUGCAACGCAGGGAGGCCAUUCUCAAGGAGGUAGCGCUGAUGAAGAAGAAGGUGCCAUGGCUCAAGUACGAGCGGGUGAAGUGGCGCGUGAGGGAGAUGGAGGUAGCGGUGGAGGCGAUGCACAAAGAGAGGGAUGACCUGCAGACACAAGUCAUGGCCGCCCGGGACCCCCUUGUAGCGUUGAAGGAGAGUCGAGGGGGGUUUGCAUCGCUGGUGGCGAAGAUAGGGCGCGAGAACGAGGCGAGGGAGAGGAAGCUGCGGGAACUGGCAGAGGAGAGUGACCAGCUGGUGCAGCAGGCGGUGGAGAGGCAUCGCGACGUGCUGGAGGCGAAGAAGAAGGCGGAGAGUCGCGAGCAGCGGCUGGCCAAGGCACUGGCCGACCUGCAGCAGCUGGAGGCGCAGCUCGCCGCCCUGCCGGAAGUCAAACCGCCCAAGGCCGCCGUGGAUCCUUUGGCAAAACGUGGGAGGGAGUUGCGGAUGCAGGCGGGGGAGAAAGAGCGAGAGGGGCGGCAGCUGGAGCAGCAGAUGAGUGUGCUGAGGGAGCAGAUGGGACGCGUUGAGAGACGCAUAAACGAAGUGGCCAACAGUCGCAACCGGCGCAUAGAGCGGGCGGGUGACAGGGAGCUGAAGCAGGCGUGUGAGUGGCUCGACCACAACCGCGCUCAGUGCAAGGGGGCCGUCUACGGACCCAUCCUCGCUGAGGUGAACGUUAUCGACCCCGAUGCGCAUGCUGCCUGCCUAGAGCAGCACGUGCCUGUGUGGGUGUGGAAGGCCUUUGUGACAACAGUACCGGAGGACCGGGAUUUCCUGGUGCGCCACUUAAAGCCCCUCGGUUUGGCGGUGGUCAACGAGAGCAGUCGCCCUGAGGAGCUGGGUCCUCCUGCACAUGCCAUGGCCGUGGAUGCACAUCUGCAGCGCCUAGGUGUCACGCACCGAUUGGACGAGGUGUUCAACGCGGCCCCAGUGGUGCGCAGUGUGCUCAACCAGCAGUCGCAGCUCUUCCGCUCCUUCGUUGGAUCGGCAGAGGCGGAUAGGAACGCGGAGGCGAUACAGGAGAGGGGAGUGGAGGACCUGUGGACGCCGGAGAGCCACUACCGCUGGCUGCGCUCGCGCUACAACGGCUCCCUCUCCAUCAAUGCACACGGCGUGCGCCCCUCCCGCUUCUUCUCCCAAGAGUCGGGGUUGCAGGAGGAGCAGCUGCAGGCAGAGAGGGAGCGCAUUGAUGCGAGGGGCAUGGCGCUGCAGGAGAGGGCGAACUCUGUGCGGCGGGAGCAGCGCGCUCUUGAAGCUGAGGCCGCACAAUGCGAGAGAAAGCGGGAUGAGAUUGUGAACGAGUACCAUGGGCAGAAGAAGCAGCGCACCGACCUGCAGAACCGCAUUGUGCAGAAGCGCGAGCUGGUGGCACAAUCGCGGCAGAGCGAGGACAUGGAGGAGGUUGAGAGGAGGGCGCGGGCAGACAUUGCUCUCAGCAUGGAGCGACAGCUGAGCAAUGCCAAGAAGACACACAAGCACCUGCUGAGCCUGUGGCAGGAGAAGCGGCGCCUCUCCUCCCUGCAACUUGCUGUGGACGAGCUCUCCUUCCUGGUGCGCGAGCGCGAGGGCGAGUUCAAGGACCUGGACGAGCAGCUGCUGAAGCUGCAGCAGGAGGUGAUGCGUGAGGAGGAUCGGGUGGCGGCAGCGAAGCAGGAGGCAGCAGCGGCACUGGAGGCGGCGAGAGGGGUGGUGGACCUGAGGAGGGAUGAGGAGGCCAAGAGGCUGUUUGAAACGCUGCCCGACUCGCUGGAGGAGCUACAGGAAGAGGUGGAGGAGCGCAUAGGGCAGGCGAACCGCAUCGUGUGCCCCAACCCCCACGUGCUGCAGCAGUUCCAAGAACGGCAGGAGCAGAUCCGCACUAUGCAGGGCAAGGUGGAGAGUGAGAGGCAGCAGCUGGAGGAGCUCCGGGCAGAAGUGGAGCGCGUGCAGGGUCUCUGGCUGCCGCGUCUCCGCUCGCUGAUCGUUCGCAUCAAUGAGGCCUUCUCCAGAAACUUCCAGGAAAUGGCCGUUGCUGGGGAGGUGGCUCUAGAUGAAAGGGGGGCUGACUUUCGAUCGUAUGGCAUUCGAAUCCGAGUCAAGUUCAGAGAGAGUGCAGAGCUGCAGGACCUGAGUGCACACCACCAGUCGGGAGGGGAGCGCUCAGUGUCAACGAUCCUGUACCUGGUGUCGCUGCAGGACUUAACGCGGUGUCCGUUCCGAGUGGUGGAUGAGAUCAACCAGGGCAUGGAUCCCACCAACGAGCGCAACAUGUUCCAGCAGCUCGUGCGCGCCGCCACCCACGACCACACGCCGCAGUGCUUCCUGCUGACGCCAAAGCUGCUGCCAGACUUGGACUAUGGCGAGUCAUGCACGGUGCACUGUGUCAUGAAUGGCGUGCAUGCCGCUUCCCUUGCCUCCACUGCUGGUGAGUGCCGUGAGGACUGGUGGCCUGCUGACUUGAGCUGA